GAAUCGAAAUUCUCGACUGUGCUGCUUACCAAAGAUUAAAGGCAAUUGUGAGUGGUUGAUGAAGAUUUUUCUUUUAUCGUUUUUCUCUUCGAUACGUAGUAGUUUUUUUUUUUUGUAGAAUAUUAGUGACGUUUAAAUUGUUUCAAAAUGACAGACGAUAAAACGGAAUUCGAUUGGGGAAACGAAAAACUUCAACGUGCUCAAAAAACGGUAGACGAUUCGCCUUAUGAUUUGGAAGCAUGGAGCAUCCUUAUCCGUGAAGCACAGAACAGGCCUAUCACUGAAGUAAGACCAGUGUUUGAGAAGCUCGUUUCUGUGUUUCCUUCGGCUGGUCGUUAUUGGAAAAUUUAUAUCGAACAAGAGAUGAAAAUGCGCAACUUUGAAAAGGUGGAAAAGCUUUUCCAAAGGUGCCUCAUGAAAAUCUUAAAUAUUGAGUUGUGGAAACUUUACCUUUCUUAUGUCAAAGAAACAAAAGCCAGUCUAGCAACAUAUAAGGAAAAAAUGGCACAAGCAUAUGAUUUUGCAUUGGAUAAGAUUGGAAUGGAUAUACAUUCCUACAGUAUUUGGAAUGACUAUGUCAUGUUCUUAAAAAGCGUCGAGGCUGUUGGCUCGUAUGCCGAGAAUCAAAAAAUUAGCGCCGUUCGCAAGGUAUAUCAACGUGGUGUUGUCAAUCCUAUGAUAAACAUGGAACAAUUAUGGAAAGAUUACAUGGCAUUUGAGCAAAAUAUUAAUCCAAUAAUUGCAGAGAAAAUGGCAAUUGAGCGAAGUAGAGACUAUAUGAACGCAAGACGCGUCGCUAAAGAAUUGGAAGCUGUAACAAGAGGAUUAAAUCGAAGUGCUCCUAGUGUUCCACCAACUGGUCACCCAGAUGAAGUUAAACAGGUUGAAUUGUGGAAAAAGUACAUCGCGUGGGAACGUAGUAAUCCCUUAAGAACAGAAGAUACUUCUUUAGUUGCGCGGAGAGUGAUGUUUGCUAUCGAACAGUGUUUACUAUGCUUGGGUCACCAUCCUGCAGUAUGGCAUCAAGCUGCGCAUUUUCUAGAACUUAGUUCGAAAAUAUUAACGGAAAAGGGAGACGUGAACGCUGCGAAAAAUUUAAGCGAUGAAGCCGCUACCAUGUUUGAAAGGGCAACAAGCACAUUGUUAUCAAAGAAUAUGUUACUAUAUUUUGCACAUGCAGAUUUCGAAGAAGGAAGAGUAAAAUACGAGAAAGUUCAUCAAAUAUAUCAAAAGUUCCUUGAUAUACCCGACAUUGAUCCUACUUUAGCAUUCGUACAAUACAUGAAAUUUGCUAGACGCGCAGAAGGUAUAAAAUCUGCUAGAACAGUUUUUAAAAGAGCUAGGGAGGAUCCAAGAUGUAAACAUCACGUAUACGUGGCAGCUGCAUUAAUGGAAUAUUACUGUACCAAGGAUAAAAAUAUUGCAUUCCGGAUAUUUGAACUUGGUUUGAAGAAAUUCGGAGAUAACCCUGAUUAUAUACUUUGUUAUAUUGAUUACUUGUCACAUUUAAAUGAGGAUAAUAACACAAGAGUUUUGUUUGAAAGAGUUCUGUCCUCGGGUAGUUUAGAACCCGAAAAAUCAGUUGACAUUUGGAAUCGAUUUUUAGAAUUUGAAUCUAACAUCGGAGAUUUAGCCAGUAUUGUUAAAGUUGAAAAGCGACGGAGUGCUGUAUUAGAAAAGAUUAAAGAAUUUGAAGGCAAGGAAACUGCUCAGCUAGUAGAUAGAUAUAAAUUUUUGGACUUGUACCCAUGUACUCCUAUGGAGUUACGGUCUAUCGGGUAUAUGGAAGUAUCUAGCGUUACUAGAAAUACAGCUGGUGCGUUGCCACGAAUUCCUGAUCCAGAGGAAGCUAUUGCAUCUUUACCGAGGCCCGACUUAUCACAAAUGAUUCCUUAUAAACCGAAAGUAAAUCCACUACCGGGAGAGCACCCAGUACCAGGCGGUUCUUUCCCAUUACCACCAGCGGCGGCACAAUUAUGUACUAUGCUCCCCCCACCAGGUUGCUUCAGAGGACCAUUCGUGGCCGUCGACUUGCUCAUGGACGUUUUUAAUCGAAUUCAAUUACCUGACCAUGCUCCUUUACCGAUAGCAGAUAAUGGAUGCGACACAAAAUUGUUCGACCUCGCGAAAUCCGUGCAUUGGAUUGUCGAUGAAACCAAUGACGGAGUGAGUAUCGGAUCGAAACGUAGAAGAACGCGUCUAGGAGGCGACGACAGCGAAGAAGAAGACUUACCACCACCACCCGCAAAUGACAUAUACCGCCAAAGACAACAAAAACGAGUAAAGUGAACACAAAAUGACAUAAUUUGCAGAAACUACCCAUCAUCUCCAUGUAUUCUCGAGAAACUUGAUACAUGUUAUCACAUAUAUUUUUACAUUUUUCGUUUGUUCCGGAAGGAGGACGUUUUCCGACGGAACAAACCUAUUAUUAUUGAGAAACGUACGUUACGUAUAUAAGCGAUUACUAAAUUCCUUAUGUGACACUGCGCACGAUAUUUUGAGUACUAUGUACUCAGAAAUCCUAUCUUUACAUUGUUGGUUUCACCUUUGUUACGAUGUGUUCAUCAUUCACACGCGAAAUAUCGAAUCAUAAUCGAAACAAGGAUUAAAUUGAGAAUGUUCAAUAAAUAAAUUUAAUUGCAUCGUUACCGAUAUUGCUGUACACUAUAAAUUAAUGUAAGUAUAAGAUCGAAAUUUAAUUUUUACACCACCGCUUACGACGGUUAUAUCUAAUGUAUAAGUAUCCGGUUAGACUUACGAACCUGUUGCUGCAAAUAUUUACGAAUCACGGUUUGGCACACUUUUGUCAAAUUUGAAUGAUCAUGUAUUAUUGUGACUAAAUUGUAUAAUAUGAAUUGUAUUAUUUUGAUUAUUUUGUACGCGAUAUUAAUAAACGCAAUCUAUUAUUUUCGUUCGUAGAACGAUCUACACACACACACAGAGAAUCACAAAUAUUUUCCUCGUUCUGUUGUUUAUUUCAGUAUUUCUAUAUAUUUUUUAGCAAUAUGUAUAUAUAUUUCUUUGGAACCAAUUAAAUCAGUUGCACCCUUCGAUCAAUAUUUUUUGGAAUAUUCGAACGUCUUAUCGGUGAAAGACAUACUGAAAAUAACUUCAGAAAACUGUUUCAUCUCAAUGCAUUUUUCCAACGUGUUGUAUAUCUAUGUCGAUCUGUAUAAUUCGAUGUACAGGACCAA